CUUAAAAUUAUCCGCAAACAUGAUUAAGUUAAUGCUAUUUUCCACUAAUUGCAAUUAAUUACUAUCGCUAGUUGCAGCUCCUGAACAGCCAACGUUGACGAUAAAGAGAAGGCCGAGGGGUUUGAGCAUUUCGUUUACGUCGUCUUUGGCGAUAACAAAACAAUGUUCUAUCGAAACUUUUCACGGUGGCGACCUCAUAUCAAAAAAUACUUACGACAUCAUCACCAACUGGCAGCACAUCAAUGUUUCGAUGGACGAUCUUCUUCCUAGUUCUGUGUACGACUUCUCGUCGUGGUGCUGCAACCACGUCGGCUGUUCACUGCGAACCAACGCCUCAGAAGCAACCGAGUUCGAGGCUCCGGUGGUGAGAGACAGGCUGCAAGUCGUGAGCAUUUACGACACUAUCGCAAUCUUACGACUUCCCACCGUCGAAGCUGGAGACGCUCAGACGAAUUUCACGAUUAUGGUUCAUAAUAUCAGUGCUGGCUUGGAAGAAGUAAAUUUUACAGCUGAAUUUCACAAAUGGCGGAGAGCGAAUCAUAUGCAAAUCCACCGUCGCCGCCGCAGUUCACGGCCUGGCUGCGCUGAGAACGCUCCUGUAUUCAUCGCUGGACACGUGGCUAAAGGCACCUCAUUGUUCGUCUUGGGCUCGGGGGAGUCUGCCCCAGGCACAAGCAACUGCCCCCUGAUUAAGAGCAAUGCGUACGGCGUCGCCGUCAUGAUGUCAGCCCGUCUAAAACACGAAGAAGAAUUCGUCUUAGAAAAGUUAGACCGUCUCAUCAUCGCUGGCGGAAAUAGCGUAAUGGCAGCAAGCGCUACCGUUGGCAUGAUCCUCGGGUUGGUGAUCCUCGUGCUGGUGGUCGGUCUUCUGGUGUCCAGCUUCCAGUGGCGCAAAAAACUGCGUAGACUCCAAGUCCCUGUGCGGCCUCCGGUUCCCGACACCCUUCCGUUACAACCGCUGCCACCUGCCCGACAUCCGCGGCAGGAUCAGAACGCACAGCAGCGAGAUGCUCAACAACAGGGAGCUGCAAACUGCAGAGAAUCUGCUGUUUAUGAUGACGUUUAUGAUUUCCGCGCCGGGUGGGUUCCGGCAGACGACUUGCCCGUUUCUAUGGCGAACAUCGAAACAUUCCUCAACAAGAGCAUCGGGUCGCUGUACAUGAAGCACAAGUUCUCGAGCAUCCCGGUGAACCGCGACAAACCCACAAGAGUGGCAGCAUUGGCUGGCAAUCUAAAAAAGAACAGAUACGGCAACAACUUACCUUACGACGACACGAGGGUGCACUUGCUGGAGAUCGAUGAUUAUGCCGCGUACAUCGAUCCGCACUCCGAUUACAUCAACGCCAGCCACAUCACCGUAAGUUUCUCACAGCAUUCAACGCCAUUGUAUUCUUACCAACACUUCAUUCAUCUCAUUCAUUCUAGCAACAACUACAUCAGUAGUUGUGGAGCUAAGACGACGUUGAGGGCUACAACCGAGGAAGUUGUUGGUGAGCAAGCGUGUGCUGUGCAAACGAGAGCUCAGCGAAAAGAAGAGAAUUCACCAACGAAGUUGCCAAUGCCUACAAAGUUACACAUGCGGGUGAGUGUUAACGGUAAACGCCUUCCCCCUUCCCCGACCCUGAAUGACUCGCCCUCGCUAGACCGUAAUCUCUUCCCCCGGACCGUAAAUCUCCCUCCUCCUGACCGUAAAGCCCCACCCCCGACCGUAAACGAAGUUACGUCGCUGGCGCCGUAA